AUGUCUGGACUUGACUGGGAUAAACCCCUCUCUGUGGAGGAUGAUCACCCGCGGAAGAAGCGCCGCAAGUAUAUUGCCAAAGCCUGCAAUGAAUGCAAGCGUCGCAAGAUUAAAUGCAACGGCGAGGCACCGUGUCAGCGCUGCGGACGUCAAAAUAUUGAAUGCAUCUACGUUGAGAAUCCCCAAAGGGACAGCCCGAAUGAACAGGAGUAUGUUCGCGUGAAAUUGGCAGAGUUGGCAGUCACUGACCUCCUCAGAAAUUUCGAGCGCCUUUUCGAUCAAAUGAAAGUAAUGCAAGACCAGAUUUCCUUGCUAUCAGCCACUGUUCGGUCGAUUGCUAGCAAUGAGCAUUCUCCUAUUGGAGGUGUUCCCAUCACAAGUAGCUAUGGAUCUGGGUCUACCCAGCGGUCUCUUCGGCGUGUAUCUACAGCCAGAGAGACUACAUUCCAAGGCCCGACAACUUCGGCAUUCAGCUUGGAUCUAGCCAAGUCUAGUUUGCAGCAGCGCGGGAUUGUGGAACGUGGCGAGGCUCUCGAUGAAGCCGAUAUGACGCAGGAACCUUCACCGGUGGCAUCUCCAUCAGCAUCGGCCAGGGAACAUCUCACGAACCAAGUCGUGGAUCCCCUCUGGACUCUUAAUAAGAACGAGGCACUGCGUCUUUGUCAAGUGUACGAAGAAGAAAUGGGCAUCAUGUACCCUGUCUUGGAGCUCGUGGAGCUCUUGAGCCAGGUGCAUAUGUUGUAUGGCCCAAUAGAUCGUGCCCUUGAGCCGGCUAUAAAACACAAUAUCAAUGGAGUAGAUCGUGAGGAUGUGCAUAUUCUCCGUCUUGUGUUUGCUUGUGCUUUGACAGCCGAGGCUAGCGGUCGCAGUGAGCAGGCUAUUGCACUCUUUGAUAGUGUACGAGAAGUCCAGGACAAUUGCGUCUGGGGCCCGCCUGAAAUCAAGAGUAUCAUCUUCUUGACUCUUGUGUCGAUAUUCUAUUUUCAGAUGGAUGAGGAGACAUUGGCGUGGCGCACCAUUGGCAUUGUCGAGCGCAUGUGUUUAGAGAAAGGCCUUCACAGACGAGAAACUCUCAACCAGCCAGCUAUUGUGGCCGCUGGAAAGGAACGUGUCCUUCGACUCUUUUGGUCAAUUUACAUCCUGGACAUGCGUUGGAGUUUUGGAACCGGCAUGCCAUUCUCAUUAGAAGAUACAGACAUCGAUCCAUGGCUACCAGAGCCCGCCGAGAAGACUCCAUACCUACGCGUCAUGAUUCGAUAUAGCCGCAUUGCAGCCAAGGUGUGGAAGUUCAUCUCCGCGUUCAACAAUACCAAUGAGAUCAAAAAAGACGAAAUGAACUAUUUGGAUUGGCAAGUUUUGAGCUGGGUGCAUGCCAUCCCCGAGUCAUUGCAAUUGGAUCAUCCAAGUUCCACGGAGUCUGCAUCCGCCACCGAUAAUUCAAGAAGCAUGCGACGACUCCGUGCCUUGCUUUACCUUCGCGCUAAUCAGCUGCGGAUGCUCAUUCAUCGCCCCGUUCUUCAUACUGCAGCACAUAUUGUGCGAUACCCAUCUGAGUCAGAGACCGUGGUGGAAAUUGCCAAAGAUACAAUCCGCUUCAUCACUCGCUUGAAUGAAACUUCCGAUAUCUACCAGCUGCAACAAGUCGCCUUCAAUUGGUUCCUGGUCUCGGCCCUUGCAGUUCUUUUCCUGGCAGUGGCUCAGGCUCCGACUCAAUUCAGUGGUUCGUGCAAGGAGGAGUUCUUCUGGGCAUUGGAACUGGUCAAGGGGUUCUCGGCCCAAUCGUACAUCUCCCGCCGACUAUGGAAUUCAAUCCGGAGCCUUCGCAAGCUUGGUCCUCAAUUGGGACUUGGCGUGCAGAAGCAGCGACUGGAUGUUCAUGCUGCAGAAGGUAGUGAUCCCUACAACGCGAAUCUUUCACCUGCGUUGGCUCCUACUAUCAGCACGCAAAGCCAGACUCCAUUAGACGGUGCACAGAUGACGCAGGAGCUGAUGGAAUGGUUCGAAGCAGUAGGCAAUCUUGAGGAUCAAAUUAUGGGGAUGGGGACAGGUCCUGCGCCAAACGGAGGACCUUACCAGCCGACACCUAACGGGGGCUUCGUGUUUGACUAUGGCGAAGAAUUGUCGAGUGUGAUGAAGGAAUGUUUUUGA